UAUUUUUAUUCCAAAAUGAUUGUGGAUAAUCAGAUUACAAAGGGUAACCUGCUUAAUCUGGAAAAGAUAUACUGUUCAUGUGUAUAAACAGACACUCUUUUAAACAGACUACCAUACAUAUGUAAACAAAUAAUGACGUGCACUCAAGAUCCGCGGCAUAGUAGUCGAAGUAAUGCGUGCAGUUUUACAUGUAGGAUCGAAUCCAGGAAAUCUAAUUGAGGUCGAGCCAGUCAGCUGAGCUGAGUAAUAUGUUGGAUAUAGAUAACGUCUAUCGGUGAACAGCUACCAGAAUCUACAUUGUUGCAUUUUCAACUCUGUCACAAGAAAGAUACACAAGCACAAUGGAAGAUGUUAGUGAAGAGAAGGGCCUGUUAGAAGGGGAGGAGAGUAAGCGUAACCAUGGCACCUUACCUGCGAAUGGACACUCCAUACAUCACAACCAUACGAUGUACCAAGAAAUGGAUACUGCAAUAGAUAACGAUGAUAACAACGAUACAUGUAACAGAUUUGAGACAUCACAAAGAACAUCCUUCUCCUGGGAUAAGAUGCUUCUGGAUGACUUAGCGUACGGAGAUGGACAGACGCCGCCUGGUAAAUUCAAAAGAGCGUUUGCAAGAUGCAAGCCUUCUGAUCAAACAAAGCUCUAUCUAAGAUAUACCAAAAUUGCAGUUGUAUUUCUGGCAAUGUUUGUCUGCACAGUAUUCUUCACUCUAAAAGAUGAAGUGAAUCCUUCGCCUGAAAUCUUCUCUAUCGCACAGGACAAUCCUUAUUUAUCAGAAAUUAGAGAUCUUGGCAGUAACGACAUUAUUAUAGUCACCUUCAAGGGCCCUAUCGUUGAGUUGGGCAGCCUCAACUCAACAGAGAAUAUCACCGUCAGACUGGUUGGCAGGGACCUUACACAAGAGGGCAUCAUCUGCCAUGAGUAUUCAGAAGUUUAUAACAUCAUUCGAGAAUAUCCCCUAUCGAAAAGCAUCUUCUGGGAAGAAAUGGAGAAGAAAUUUACUGAUGUCAAAGAAGGAUGUGGUGAUAAUACCAGUUAUGAGGUGAGUUUUGAGAGCAACAUUGAUGAGUUGGUGACCCUCGAGACCGAACAUACCAUCUUACCCUCGUCAUCAAAGAAUGAGGUCAUUUGGGCAGCUAUUAUCUUAGUGGCUGUUUAUAUCCUGAUCGGUUUUGAGCUAAUACACAGGACCACCGCAGCCAUGUUAGGAUCUUUUGCCACGCUAGCCGUGUUGACCAGCUACAACCAACGUCCACCUCUAGAGGAAGUGAUGGCCUGGUUGGACUAUGAUGUUCUUGCUCUACUCUGGGGAAUGAUGACCAUAGUAGCCAUCUUUUCUGAGACGGGCUUCUUUGACUAUUGUGCUCUGCUCUCCUACAAGUGGGCUAAAGGCAAGAUCUGGACACUGGUCACCAUUCUUUGUCUCUUCUCUGGGAUCGUAUCUGCCUUCCUUGACAACGUCACAACCAUUCUACUCAUGACUCCUGUCACUAUCAGCCUUUGUGAGGUACUCAACAUUGAUCCUAGACACGUAUUGAUAGCCGAGGUAAUUUUCUCGAACAUCGGAGGGACGGCCACGGCCAUCGGAGAUCCUCCGAAUGUCAUCAUUGUUGCCAACUCUGACAUCGAAGCAGCAGGCAUCGGCUUUGCAAAUUUUACACUUCAUAUGUGUUUGGGGAUAGUCUUCUGUAUGAUCGCAGGGUAUGGAGCCCUAAGGCUGCUCUAUAGAGGCAUCAAUCUCCAUUCUAUGGAGCCAAAAGCCAUCAGAGAAUUGAAGCAUGAGAUUGAGAUAUGGCGUCGGUCAGCAGUACGGAUCAUGGUAGCGUCCAAGGAAGAGAAUACAGUCAAAGCUUUACUGCUCCAGAAAGUCUCCCAACUUGAAACACAACUCAGAAACCAAAUUUAUGAACAGAGACAUACUGCUAAUGAAGAUGUCAACUGGAGGGAAAAACUGCAAGAUUUAGAACAAAGGUACCGCAUCACAGAUCAUGUCUUAUUGGCGAAAUGCAGUUUCGUAUUGCUGGUCACAAUACUCUUAUUCUUCAUUCAUUCAGUAGUAGACACCAUUUACUUAGAUCUUGGUUGGAUAUCUGUUAUUGGAGCAGUAGCUAUCCUUCUUUUAGCGGAUGUGCAUGAUAUUGAGAAUGUCAUGCAUCGUGUGGAAUGGGCUACCUUGCUCUUUUUUGCAGCUCUUUUUGUUCUCAUGGAGGGUUUAACAGAGCUUGGUCUGAUUGAGUACAUUGGUAACUUUGUGGCUGGUAUCAUAGAGGGUGUGCCUACAGAAGCGAGACUGGCUGUAGCUCUUAUUCUCAUACUAUGGGUGUCAGCCUUAGCUUCAUCUUUCAUCGACAACAUACCAUUCACAACGGCCAUGAUCCCCAUUAUCCUUGACCUUGCGGAGCGAGAGGAUUUAGGGCUCCCUCUACAGCCCUUAGUGUGGGCGUUGGCCUUUGGGGCAUGCCUAGGAGGCAACGGAACACUCAUCGGUGCCUCAGCUAAUGUAGUGUGUGCUGGGAUAGCUGAUCAGCAUGGUUAUGGCUUUACUUUCUAUGACUUCUUUAAGGUCGGAUUUCCCAUGAUGCUUUGCACCACCUUUGUUGCCAUGAUCUAUCUCUUGAUCUGUCAUGUGGCGUUAGAGUGGCACUAGCCUUCCUUCGAUCAACACACCUGGAGAUGGUAUGCUUUGGCCUGAUGCUGCAGUUCGUUUUUACACGACUACCAAGGAAGCAUAUACAGUGAAACCUGUUUGUAAAGACCACUCAAUGGAGACAAAUAAAUGUCUUUACAGCCAGAUGGCCUUUAUGUACAGGUUCCUUUAUUAUAAGUUUCAAUGAGAACAGAUUUUAAGAGAAACUAGGAAUGUGGUCUGUAUAUAGAUUAGACACUAGCGCUCUGACUUUGUUUCAAACACCUGACAUCCUGAUCAUGAAACCACUGCUCUUCGACUGCCUUCUGGGAUAUUAAUGUAUCUACUUAUUUUUUUGUGUUUAAAGGUACCCUUCAUUAUUGUAAGCAUUGAGUGUUUUAUCAAGGAGACCCGGUGGUGUUGCUUCAUAUUCAAAGGUGUAGCACACGAUCGUUUAGCUUAGUUGAAAAUGACUGGAAGUCCAGAAAGUUUUAAUUAGACAAUGAAUCAUUGAAAGA